GCCUGCGACCCCCGGCGCCUCCCGCACCGCCUGCUCGUGCUGGCCCUCAUGUGCUUCCUGGGAUUCGGCAGCUACUUCUGCUACGAUAACCCGGCCGCUCUCCAAACGCAGGUUCAGCGGGACAUGAAGGUGAACACAGCCCAGUUCAUGGCGCUCUAUGCCUGGUACUCCUGGCCCAACGUGGUGCUGUGCUUCUUUGGAGGUUUCCUGAUAGACAGAGUGUUUGGAAUCCGGUUGGGCACUGUCAUAUUCAGCAUCUUUGUGUGUGUGGGGCAGGUGGUGUUUGCUCUGGGAGCUCUGUUCAACACGUUCUGGCUGAUGGAAGUGGGCAGGUUCAUCUUUGGGAUCGGUGGGGAGUCCCUGGCAGUGGCCCAGAACACGUAUGCAGUGAGCUGGUUCAAGGGCAAGGAGCUAAACCUGGUGUUUGGAUUGCAGCUCAGCAUGGCCAGAAUUGGGAGCACGGUGAACAUGAAUAUUAUGGGAUGGAUCUACUCCAGAGUUCAGGAUCUGCUGGGCUCUGCUGGUCCCAGCACCCUCGGCCUGGCUCUGCUCAUAGGGGGAGUCACUUGUGUCUUCUCACUGAGCUGUGCUUUAAUCCUGGCUUACCUGGACAGGAGAGCAGAGAAGCUGCUUUGUAAGGAGCAGGGGAAAACAGGAGAAGUGAUCAAGCUGACAGAUGUGAAGGAUUUCUCCUUGUCCCUGUGGCUCAUCUUUGUCAUCUGUGUCUGUUACUAUGCUGCAGUUUUCCCUUUCAUUGGCCUUGGCAAGGUUUUCUUUAUUGAAAAAUUUCGAUUUUCCCCUCAAGAAGCCAGUGCAAUUAACAGCAUCGUGUACAUCAUCUCAGCCCCCAUGUCCCCUGUGUUUGGCCUUCUGGUGGAUAAAGUUGGCAAGAACAUCAUCUGGGUGCUGUGUGCUGUGCUCACCACCCUGGCCUCACACAUCAUGCUGGCCUUCACCUUCUGGAACCCCUGGAUAGCCAUGUGCCUGCUGGGUGUGGCCUAUUCCCUGCUGGCCUGUGCCCUGUGGCCCAUGGUGGCCUUUGUUGUCCCUGAGCACCAGCUGGGAACUGCCUAUGGAUUCAUGCAGUCCAUCCAGAACCUGGGCCUGGCAGUGAUUGCCAUAGCAGCUGGAAUGAUCCUGGACACCAGGGGGUACCUGUUCCUGGAGGUGUUCUUCAGUGCCUGUGUGUGCUUGUCACUCAUAGCUGUGGUCAUGCUGUACUUUGUGAAUCACCUCUCAGGUGGUGAUCUCAACUGGUCUGCAAAGAAAAGGGCAAAACUGCAAAAAGCAGCUGCUUCUGAAGCAGAAGAGCAGGAGAGGCUCAGACAGCAGAACGAAGAUGAUUUGGCAAAAUUGCUGCCAAAAGCUGAUGCCUUUAGUUUAAGGAAUAAAUACCUGUCCAAACUUGGAGCUCAGCUCCCAGCUCAUUACUCCUCCUGUUUCUCCACCCUGGCUCACAGAAGUGUGCUGAAAUAGUGGAAAAGCAGGAAUACACUGAAUUUCCUGGACACAGAGCAGAGCAGAUGGCUCCAUGCUUUGCUGCAAGCCUAGAUCCAAGAUUUAAAAAUCUUACCUAAAACUCCUCCUCCCUGGGCAAUUCAGAGAUCCUGAUGGGGAAUUGUGGCUCUGGUGGAAGCUCUG